AUGCUCUCUCUUUUAAAUUACUGCUAAACAAUGGAGUAUAAUUAAUGUCCGUUCGAACCAGAGAAGAAAGAAGAAGCCAGAAAGAGACAGAGAAGCAGAGAGAAAUGGGGUGUGCCAAUCUGUUCUUCACAACAGUGAUCAUCUUCUCGGCGGCGCUCAUCACCUACAACAUCCUCGUAUCAGUCAACACCUCUCUGAACCCAGAUUUCCCAAGCCCUACAAAUUUCGGGAGAAAAUUCAGGAGUUCCAAUGACCCGGUGAUCAAGAUGCCGGCUGACGGGGAAUCGGCGGAGAAGAAGAAGAAGAAGAGGCUGUUCCACACGGCGGUCACUUCCUCUGACUCGGUCUACAACACCUGGCAGUGCAGGAUCAUGUAUUACUGGUUCAACAAGUUCAAGGAUGGGCCUGGUUCUGAGAUGGGUGGGUUCACCAGGAUCUUGCACUCCGGGAAUCCUGACAGGUUCAUGGAUGAGAUCCCUACUUUUGUUGCCCAACCCCUUCCAUCUGGGAUGGACCAGGGCUAUAUAGUCCUUAACAGACCCUGGGCAUUUGUGCAAUGGCUUCAACAAGCAAAUAUAGAAGAAGACUACAUACUAAUGGCAGAACCAGAUCAUGUCAUUGUCAAGCCCAUCCCGAAUUUAUCCAGAACUGGCCUUGGAGCUGCAUUCCCUUUUUUUUACAUAGAACCAAAAAAGUUUGAAUCUGUUCUUAGGAAGUUCUUCCCUGCAGAGAAGGGACCAAUAACUGACGUUGAUCCAAUUGGAAAUUCCCCUGUCAUUAUUGAGAAGGAUCUUCUAAAAAAGAUAGCUCCAACAUGGAUGAAUGUUUCGUUGGCAAUGAAGAAAGACCCUGAAGCUGAUAAAGCUUUUGGCUGGGUACUUGAGAUGUAUGCAUAUGCUGUUUCAUCUGCAUUGCAUAAUGUGGGCAACAUCUUAUACAAAGAGUUCAUGAUUCAGCCUCCCUUUGAUACAGAAAUUGGCAAGGCAUACAUAAUUCAUUUCACUUAUGGAUGUGACUAUGACAUGAAGGGAAAGUUGACCUAUGGGAAAAUUGGAGAGUGGAGAUUUGACAAGAGAUCAUAUACUAAUGUAUGGCCUCCGAGAAAUCUCACGCUUCCACCACCCGGUGUUCCAGAGAGUGUGGUGACACUGGUGAAGAUGGUAAAUGAAGCCACUGCUAAUAUUCCCAACUGGGGUUCGUAAGCCAACUAUUAUGUGAGAGGGUAUAUAUAUAAAUGAUGAGGGUUAAUCGUACGACAAUUUUUUGUACAAUAAAUCUUACAACAUUCAUAUCUUACAAUCUGAUUAAUUUUUGCAAAAGCCACCAUAGGAUUGAAAGUUGUGAAUUCAUAGAUCGUCAUCCUAAAGUGUCACAAAAAUCCAGGAUCAUUUUGUACUUCAUCCAAUCGAACGAAAAUUGAUACAAUAUAGGAUGACGACCUCUGAGUUCGUAAUUUUCAAUACUACGGUGGGUUUUGCAAAAAAUAUAUACAUAUAAAAGUGAAAAAUAUGAAUGUUGUGAGAUUUGUUUUAAAAAAAAAGUGUUGUAAGACUAACCCUUUCUGAGAAGAUGUUCAAUCAUGUUCUUGUAGCUCUCUAUAAUGUGAUUGCCCAUAUACUUUCGUUAGUCGCCUUUUUCGUUUUCGUGUAUACCGUCAAUCAUUCUUAGACGAACCUCAAAUGUAUUCAAUAAAGUAUUUCAUUGCCCUCCCGAUUGUAUCUUAUAUCCGGAUGUAUGUAGAUGAUGUGGAUUUUUGUAAAAUUUUAUCAUGGUUCAUUUUUCUCCAAAAUAAAGAACGUUCAUUUUU